AUGGCCACGAUGACACACCGCCAACAGCGAAAGACGACCACGACGGCUAAGCUAGGGAAUCUAGACGUUCUCCUUAUCGCUCUACGAGCUGACCUCGGCCCCGACUGGGGAUGCUACAAGGAACUCAUAGAGGGGGCUGCAGAUGCGAAGGCAAACGGCGAGAAUGUUUCCGCCUGGGUCGACCAAAUCGAGCCGCUCGUGCGAAACACCGCUUCGCAAUUCGCGCAUCAGGGAGUGCUGUUUCUGUUAGGCAUCAAGGUGGGUAGUGAAGCUUCUUCUGUCACCAAGGCCACUGACGCGACCAACGACAUGUCCGCUCCACCUCCUGACACCCGACGUCCAUCGCAAUCAGCUUCUUCUGUCACCAAGGUCACCAACGCGACCAACGAAAUGUCCGCUCCACCUCUUCACACUCAACGCUCGCAGCAACCAGUACAGCCCCCAGCCAACAUGCAGAACAACUUCACACCCAGCUGGACACCCAUGCCCUCCCCCGGUCCUAGCCCCUACAUGCCACCGACACCCACCUCCGUCGCAUCCAAAAAACGCUCCGCCGCCAACGUCGCCUUCCACGGCCAGAAGCAGACUACCGCGACACAACCCCUCAAAUCCGACUGGUUCGGCGGUUACGUCCUUCACCAAGAUCCUGCCUUCCGCCGCGACGUAUUCGAGUUCUUUGGACACGCAGUACCCGACAAGCCCGAUCCCAAGCACCACGAUCAAUCCGAUGUUUCAUCCGUCUACAAGGCUGCGGAUGACGACCUGGCGGUCUGGAGGGCAGGCGCUGGGGCUGAGCGCGAGGUGAAGGACGACGGCGCGGAGAACGUCAAGGACAGGACCAAAGUUGUGGAGGAUGCGAAGCGAGAGCGUGUGCGAGAAGGCUUGCGAUACAAGCUUUUUGACAAGUUGGAUUGA